ACGGGGCUCGAGCCUCCGCAGCUCGAACCGAGAACCUAACUGGAGGAAAACACGGAGCACCGGGCCGACCCGGCCGCCGAGCACACACCGGAGCCCGCCGGACACCCGGCGGAUCAGCGUCGGCCGAGGCGUCGGGGUGGGAGUACCGGGAGCGCGGCUGUCUGUCUGCCUACAGACGGUGAGACACAGCGGGACGGAGCGGCAGCAGCGCUGCUCCUCACGGCGGGGAAACACUGAGUCACUGCUGCAUUCAGCGCUGCGCCUUAAAUCCUGCUUUUUCUCUACGGAGUUCUGAAUGGAAGACUGAACCCAGGGACAGCUGCACGAAAGACGAGACAUUGCGUGGACAUAAACAGGGUUUCCUGUACAACCUCUGGAGGAGGCACAGAGACAAAAGCAUCUGGAGGACAUAAUGGGACAAAACAUCGGGAGGAUGUACAGAGACAAAUAAAACAUCUGGAAGACGUACAGAGACAAAUAAAACAUCUGGAAGACGUACAGAGACAAAUAAAACAUCUGGAGGACAUACAGAAACAACACAUUUGGAACAUAUACAGAAAUUAAUGAAAUAUCUGGAGGACAUACGGAGACAAAUAAAACAUCUGAAGGAUAUAAAACACCCGGAGGACAUACAGAAGUCACUGAGGGACAAAGCAGGACAUUUUGAGUUUGGAUGUGACGAGGACUGAGACAACGACAUGACGCCCCCGAGGUGGACCCGGCUCCCUGUCCUGUCGGUCCUGAUCCUGGUCCUGGUCCUGGUUCUGGUUCCAGCCCGCUCUGUUUCGGCAGCCCGCUCUGACAGGACCAUGGUGUCAGAGGAGUAUGUGGGCGCCACGGUGAACGCCACGGUGUUGGACGGACGAGGAAACACCAUCCACAUGAUGAGCAGCGACGAGGGGACGUAUGGACAGAACUCCCCAAAGAUGGACACCAGGGGCGUCGUCAUCGCACCUGCACCACAUCACGGAGUGGUGGACCGACAGGGCUGCGACCCCAGCACUCGUUUCCUGGUUCCUCCCCGGAGCGUCCACUGGGUGGCGCUUCUGCAGAGAGGCAACUGCACCUUCAAAGAGAAGAUCCUGAAGGCGGCCGCCUACAACGCCACGGCCGUCCUCAUCUACAACAACUCCACCGACAAGACCGUCAAGAUGGGACACGAAGGCACUGGUGACACGGUGGCAGUGAUGAUCACCGAGGCAUACGGUAAGGAGAUCCUGGCUCACCUGGAGCGGAACCUGACGGUCCUGGUCUCUGUGGUGGUGGGUCAACGUGGUCCCACCAAAAACAUCAACCGAGGCUCGCUGGUCUUCGUCUCCAUCUCCUUCAUCGUCCUCAUGAUCAUCUCGUCAGCCUGGCUCAUUUUCUACUUCAUCCAGAAGAUCCGCUACACCAGCGCCCGCGACCGCAGCCAGCGUCGUCUCGGCGAUGCAGCAAAGAAGGCUAUCGGGAAGUUGACCACAAGGACGGUGAAGAAAGGAGACAAGGAAACUGAUCCAGACUUCAACCACUGUGCUGUGUGUAUUGAAGCAUACCAGCUGAAUGAUGUGGUCCGAAUCCUGCCCUGCAAACACGUCUUCCAUAAAGUGUGUGUGGACCCCUGGCUGAACGAACACUGCACCUGUCCAAUGUGCAAACUGAACAUCCUCAAAGCUCUGGGAAUCAUGACCAGUCUUCCUUGUGUGGACAGCGUGGUAUUGGAUGUGGAGCGUCUGGGUGUCAGUCAGGCAUCUGGCAGCCAGAGGGCGCCCCUGGGUGACAGCAACCAGCCAUCAAUCAGCCUGGAGCCGCUCAGCCCCCCCCACCCUGAGGCCACGCCCAGAACACCUGCUGACAUCACCAUCGCUGUGACCAGCGGCGGUCACUUCUUCAAUAGAAACUCGAUGUCUCCUCGCAGCGUUGUCUGUGAGGUGGAGCUGCCGGACAUCCAGGCUUCACUUGACCUCUACGACGACAAUAAGUCCUGAGGCCCGUCGCCAUGGUUAUGACCCCCUAGCAUCAACAACAGUCCACCUGCUGAUGGACGGAUGACCUUCUAUGGAUGCAGGGAGUCUUUGUUGUCUGCUGGGGGGUCUGAUAGGGAUGACCAGGGCAGACAUUUAACCAUCAUUUAUUCCAUCAGACUUUCUUUAGACUAAACUGAUCCUGGUCUGGAUCCUGGUCUCAGUUUAGGCCAUUUUUGUCACUCAUGUUUUUAUUUUCCGGUUGACAAAAACUGGAGAAACUGGAACCGGUACUUGGGCCAUUCUAAACGAAUAAUCCAGAGAACUUAACUCCAGAACUGAAACCUGAACUCUGAUUCUGUGGUAUAACUGGAAGUAAUGUUAUUGUGGAGGUCCAGAGCUUUGAGAAAAGUUCUAAAAUCCUUAAAAGUGCUCUUGUGUUCCUGGAAAAAGGUUCCUGGAUUCCUUGAAUAGUUCCUGUUUUCCUCAAAGAGUUCUGUCAAAGGUUCCUGGCCAACUAAAACAAUUGGGGAAAACUUUUGAAUUUCAUUCAAGAGUCUUAAAAGAGUACUGAAUUUCUUAAAGUUCCUGGGUUCCUAAAAGGCUUCCCCUAAAUGUUCUGAACCAUAAAAUAGUUGGUCUGUCAGUUCCAGAGAACAUGAAAGAGUUUCAUGGGUUCCCACUGCAGUUUGUCAGUCUGUAAGGCCAUUUGAAAUGCCAUAAUGGUUUUCUGGAAAAAUUCCCAUGCUGCUAAAAUGGUUACCUCAAGUGUUUUGGAUCCUAAAGGGCUCUUUGGUGGUGAAUUUGCUGUUGGAAAAGUUCUUGAGAUCCUGAAAUGGUUCCCAGGAAUAAUCGUGAGUGCCUAAAAAGGUUCCUGUGGUCUGGAAAAAGUAUCUGAGUUCUCCUAGAAAUGUUUCUUGGCCCCUGAAAAUCAUACAGGGUUUGUGGGAAGGGUUUCUUAAAAAGUUCCUGAUUUCCUAAAGAGGUUGUUGAAUAAAUAAAUUAAAAGGUGCCUGGGUUUCUGGAAAAGUUCCUGAGUGGAAAAGGUUCUGGAAAUAUUUUUGAAGUCUUAAAAAGGUUCUUGAGUUUUAAAGAAAAAACAAGUUCCUAAAAAUGUUCUUGGAAAACUUCCUGAGUGCCUAGAAAGGUUCAUGGAAAGGUUCUUAAAGUCUUACAGGAGGUUUUGUGUUCCUGAAAAAGUCUCUAAGCCCAAUUAAAAGGUCCCAUGGGAAGCAUUUCUGAGGUCUUAAAAAAAGCUUUUGUGUUCUCAAAAAUCCUUCAGUUUCCUACAAAGGGUCUUGAAAUGGUUUCUGAGGUUUUUAAUGGAUUCUCAUAUUCCUGGAUAACAGGCUGAACAAUUUGCACCCAAGACUGUUGGACCUGAACCAAUAUGGACUUGCCAGCAGCCCGACCAGAACCAGAGCAGACCCAGAGAACCUGAAUGCUGAAUCUGUGUUUUCUGAUGUUCUGUCAUAACUCUGGGCCUCCUGGUGGGCCGGAUGAGGAUUACAUUAUGAACAAGUUCCUGGACUGGAUCAGAGCUCCUUGUCUGUAAAUACUCAGUGAGCUGGUUCUGUGUCUUUGUCAUCAGACUGGAACCCAAACCAGAGGAGAUUCUGGACUCGGAUCCUGUGAACUAUAACAGUGAACUAUAACAGUGUUAUCUCCCUGUAGCAAAAAAUCAAGUUUCUCUGUAGAAGAAGAGACAUUAGAUUCAGAGGAACAGUCCAACAUUUCAGUGAACCUCCUGCUGUCUGUUCUCUGUAUUGUUGGGUUCCUCCGUGAACCCUUCUGCAUUAUUGCAUUUCAAAUCAACCAGAUCUGGAAAAAGUACCCCUGACCUCCUCCAAAAUCAGCUGGCUUUUUAUUGAUAGUAACUUCAGUAUAUCUAAUGAAGCCACGCAAAGUUUUACUUUCAUAUUAUGGUGUGUGUGUGUGUGUGUGGCGUCUUACAAUAGCUGGAGUUACAGGCCCUUACAGUACAUAGAGGUGGGUCCAAAUUUCACACAGUUUCCAUAGUUUUUUAGCCCUCAUACCUCAAUAAGUCCAGAAGAUAGACAGUUUUUUUUUACAGCUGAAAAACGUGUUUCAGCUCUGUUAAAAACUAACCAAAUCAAUUUUACAUCCACUCCAGGUGUCACAAUCUAAAGGCAAAAUCUGUGUUUGGUCCAGUUUCUAUGGCUGUAUAUUACAGACAUUACACUGCUGUUGAAACUAUGAUACAUCCCAUGAUACUGAUGCUCAAAGUUGGCUAUAGAGAAAAUUACCAAAAAUCUGAUUUAUUUAAAUUGUGACAUCUGGAGUUGAUGUAAAGGUAAUUAGGUUGCACGUUUAUCAGAGCUCAAACGUGUUUUUCAGCCCUCAAAGUUUCAUGCAUCUAUUUGUUGUACUGAUGAAGUUAUGAUGCUCGGGAAAAAAGUGAAAUUUUGACCUACCUCUACGUACUUCAAGGGACUGCAAUUCCAAAAGCUUACCCAACAUGAAGGUAUUUUUUUGCAUGGCUUCAUUAAAUCUAUAAGUUAGAACAGAUUAAAAAAAAA